GAUUCAUAAAAGUAAUUGGCAGUGAUCACGACAUUGAGCUCACGAGUGUAUAAGGAUGUUUUUGCACAUGUGAGAAAAACGGUUGUACAGGAUUGUAUACGGUUGUACAUGAUAUUUGUAAGGGAGUUAACAUGACAUUGCCGAAGUAUGCAAAUUUAUGUACAAAGCAUGUAAAAUGCAUUUUUGGCGAUAGCAUGCUGUAUAGCCAAUGUGUUUUAAUGUAUGUACAUGUAUUGACGGCUAGUGUCACGAACUUGAUCAAAUAAUACAAUAUGCGAAUGUAACUAAUGUUUUAAAGUAAUCUGAUUAAAGUUGCACAAAUACAUGAAAAUAAAUGAUAAUUGGAUACAAAUAAAGGAAAGUUGGAUUACUCAUCUGACAUGUUUUUGUUUUGUAACAAUUCAGGAAUUUACAGUUUACUAAUUGGAGAUUGAGAUAUUUAACUGCUGUGUUUAACAUUUUUCAUUCAUAAACGCUUACAACAGCUGACUGGGGUCAUGUUCUUGGAAGCAACAGUAUAUUUUAUUUGAGAAAGUUUCAUGCUUUGCCACAUGCACGCACAUGUGCUGAAACUUUGUUUUUUCCCUGGUUUGCUGGUAAUCUGUAAGGCAAAGAUAUCAAGGGAGAAAAGGGGAUUUAUUUCAAGUGUAUUUUUUGUGUUUCACAUGGAAACGUAAAAUAAUUAUGCCAAGUUUAAAAUGAAAAAGUAGUCUAUUUAUGCUGAAGUUUGGAAUUACAAAUUUUGAUUGUGGAAAUCUUAAGUAUAAGAAUAUACAUAAAUGAUUAAGUCCAAAUAAUUCAGACAGUUUGUGAGUGUUAACUGAAUAUUAAAAUCAUAAGUGAUCACAGAAGCAUGCAUACAUGUGAAUGAGUUGAAGUGACAGACUGUCCUUAAAAACAAAGAAAGAAUAAAAAACUGUACAUUUUGUACUUUGUAAGCAAGAAAUUUAUUGUAAACAAAGGUCAAUUUUACGUUUGGAGGAGAGAGAAAAAAAACUUAAUUGGCUCUUAUGUUUUUGUCGGUUUGUUAAGAGUUGGAUGAAGUAGUGUCGGUUUUAUGUUUAAUGAGUCAAUUACAGUGUUCUAUAUUUAAUAUAAAAUUUCCCAAAUUGAUUAUGAAUUAAGCUUUUGUGAAGCUACAUUGUAUUCAUAUGGGAAUUUUGUCGAAAAGGAAUUUUGCAACCGAUAUUUAUGAAUAUUUUAUAAGAAACUAUAUGUACAUUACAAUUGACAAACAGGAUAUGCACUUUAGCACGAAGGAGAAUGGGUGGAAAAUAAAAUUCUUGCGAUGAUGAUAAUGUUUACUCAGUUACAUUUGGGAUAGUUCUGAAAGACUCUACUGUUUAUUAAGUCUGGAGAUAAUUUGAAAUUAACGAUUUUACCAUAUUGUUGGUGCAGUAGUUUUGACAACACAGUUUUGUUGAAAACUUUCUUGAAACAAGGCUUUCAGUAUGGCACAUCUUGAUAGGGAACCACCAGAUAAAAAUAAAUCAGAGGAUCAUGAGAUGCAACAAAAGAUCGACUAUGAGAUUAAGAUGCGAGAAGGUACGGCACGAUUGUUGGCGGCAUCAAAACAUCCUGCACAACUCCUCGAGGCGGCAAAAAACCUGCUUACAUCAAACACGCGUAUUAUCGCCUACAUGGCAGAACUGCAGAGGAGAAAAACCGCCCAGGUCCUCGGACAAAAUGUUGAUAAUGAAGGAAGCCAAGUACCUUGCAAGGCAAAGUUGAAUAUGUCAGAUUUACGAAUACCUCUGAUGUGGAAGGAUACAGACCAUUUUAAGAAUAAGGGAGACCACCGAAGAUAUGCUGUGUUUUGUUUAGUGAAAAUUGGUACUGAGAUAUAUGACACGGCACUUAUCACGUGUGUAGACAGGAAUAUGACGGAUCUUUCAUUUGAGGAUGUGAUAGCUUUUGAUAACAUUCCACAUGACUUUGAGUGUGUUCUGGAGAUUUACUGUCACAAGUUACACGAGGACCUCACUAUGGCUAGUACACCAAAGAAGUUGAAGAAGAAGGUGACCGACCUAUCCGAGUCAGUGGGUAGAAGUGUGGGCAAGAGAUUGUCUGGACUACAUGACUCCGAUAUUAUGGGGAACAUGGUUCUAGGACCAAAGUUUGAGCUGGUUGCAACUGGAACUUUAACCCUACAAGAUGUAGAUGAUGUGGUUAGAACAUUUGAUCUCAAAUUAGAAGAACAACCUGAUGGAACGCCGUAUGAUUUACCGUUGUUUGGUCAUUAUUGCUGUCGUCUAGCUGCACUGCCUCAUUGUCUCGUACAACCUGUUGUUUCUGGUUACCUAAACCUCUAUGAGGAUGAUGAUUUAUCAAAGUGGAGAAGAUAUUGGUGUGUAUUGAAGAAUCUACAGUUAUCUUGCUGGUCGGCACCGGAUGAUGUAGAAGUUACUGCCCCUCUAGUCAAUAUACAGGUUACCAAGAAUACUCAGAUAAGUGAAGCUGAUCCUCGGUCAGUGGAGCGUGCUCACACAUUCCAAAUGAAGACAUUAAGUGAGAGAUAUUUAUCAGAGACAACAUUAGCGGCAGAUAACAAGGAACAGAUGAACAUGUGGUGGGACGGUCUUCAACAACAUCUACUUGAUCAAGCGUUUUGGAAGCAUGCCUGUGAGUAUGUGAUGGAUGUACGACGGGCACCAAGUAACAGGAAGUCGAUGAUUAUGGGACGUAAAACGUCAAUAUAUGAUGACACACCAUUAGCAGAACCUACACGUCUUUCAGAUGAAUUGAAAGGAGAAGAUGACAAAUUGAGUCAGAUGUUACACACAUUGAUGGGCGAGGCCAAAGAAAUACGAAGUGGCAGCAUUAAAUCAACGUCCUCCUCAAGUUCCGGCAGUUUGAGAUCAACCUCCUCAAGUUGACAGUGAAUUCUGACAACACGAUCUUACUCAUUGUCAUUGUCUGCAAAAUUGUGCUGAUGAAAGCAAUGUGUUGUCAAACAAUCUUUAUUGUUGAAUAACAUUGCUGAUGAAAAACAUUUGUCACAUACAGCCAUAUUUGUUGUUAGUUAAAGCAGCUUGACAAAUGGUGUUCACUCGAGUAAGAGUUGCCAGUCUGUUUGUCAGGGAAAAAGAAACAUUUGUCAGUGUAAUGAAUGAAUGAAUUUCAUUCAUGCGAACUGUUGCCAGUGUGUUGUCAGAUGAAGGAAACAGAUUUAUUGUCAACCAGAUAUAUAAUUGACAAUAUUUGUCAUUAUGCCAGUGUCUGUUAUGUGUCUAACAUAUGGAAUAUAACCUGUAAAAGUUAGAACCAAAGUUUUGUCAGCUUGCUGUUAUCUGUUUUAUGUCAAGCUAUAAGUGGAUAUUUUUGUGUGUGGAAAAGUUAGCGAUAUUUAAAAUUCUAGACAUUUCAUGUAAAAAAAUAUUAGCAAAUUGCUAAUCAUGCAUGGGUAGAAUUCAAUGAUGGUUUGAUUAAUAUUAACACUAAAGGAAAUUUUAGCGAUUUUCGUCAAUUUGCCACUAUUUCCAUGUCGCUAACUUAACCACAGUAUCACAAUAACUUCUGGAUAAUUUGUUUAUCACCAGAUUUGAAAUUAUUGUGACAUUGAAUUCUGAAAGCAGAUCACAAAUUGUGCUUAUUUUAGCUAGUCUGACAACAAAGGCAUUUUAAUGCACAUUAAUUAUAAUAAUGUUUGUCAGGGCUUUGUUAGUUUUAAGUAAUGUGUAAAUUUAAGUGUUCAAAGAGAUAUCUAGCUCACCAAAUUAAGGCAGUAUUGAAAUUGUUUGUUUAAAUUUCUUUUAGUUAUAAGAUAGUUCUCAAAUGUAGUUCAAAGUGACACUGUCAUUAAAUGACAUUAAAUGAAAGGUCUCAGACCUUACUACGAGUAUUUUUUUAAGGGCAAGAAUUUUUCACUAUGAAAACUGAGGCAGUAGAAUUUAAGAAGUGUCAGAAAAUUGAGUUGAUGAAAAACUCAAUUGUUAUUACUUAUUAUUUAUAAUUAUGCCAUAUAUUGUCUUACAUGCAGUUUAUACUUGAAUUGUUAAGAUAAAAUGAUUUUGUUGAUAUGGUGAAUUUCUGCAACUUGUAAACAUUAUGGUCAUUAUUUGUACAACAAUUAAUUAGUAAUAAGUAUUAGUAAUCAUGGUGCAUUUGUAUCUCUGCAGCAUUUUAGAUGAUAAGCUCAAAAUCUGUGUUUAAAAUUGUUUUACUGCAGGUAAUUUUUCAGGAUACUGUUUAUUUCUUGUAUUUUAGAAAUUUUAUAGACAUGAUUUUUGUAAUAUAGAACUUUCUAAAUUUUUACACAAAUUUUUAAUUUAUUUUAUUGUUAAUGAGUAGUGUCAAAGUUUUCUUUAAGAUUUUUAGCAUAUUUUAAUGGAAUACUUGAAAAAGAUCAAGAGUAAUUCUUAAAUUUUUUUUUUUUAAACAUAAGUAAUUUUAGUCAACUAUGUACAAGGUAGAGUGCAUAAGCAUUACACUGUUUUCAUUAAAGAUUUUCUCUUUACCUGUUUUGUAGUCUAAUACAACAGUAGUCUGUAUUCAUUCAAUCUACUUAAAGUUAACACUCUGAAUGUAAGCUUCAAAAAUGUCUUUCCCUAUGCAACCACUAUGUAGACAGACAAGCCGUUUUAAUCCGCCAGUCUUGUUUAAGCCUUGUUUCAGCAUUGUUAACAAGGCCAGCCUAGUUACCUGUGCAGACCUAGCAAACUGUACAUGUAUAACAUUUGCUGGGCAGUUUUAGCUUUCGAUUUUGAAACAGGCAGUUCCCAUUAUACUGAUUUAACUAUUUUAGGGUUGAUUGAAGAAUGCUGAAAAAUGUGUUACAUUUCUAGAGUAUCUAAUUAGAUAGAACAAUGUUAUAAUACAAUCAGCUAUAGAAAUGUUCCACCUAUUUUUAUAUAUUGUGAUAUUGCAGUAUACAGUUUGUGCCAAAUAUUGCUUUAAUAUCAU